AUGUAUCCUGCUAAAGAAGCUAUUUUAUGUGCCUAUUUUAUUGUGAAUUUACAUUUUUCAGCAAACAGAAACAACAACAACAACAACAACAACAACAACAACGACGAUGACGAAGAUGAGGAUGAUGAUCCAGGAACAGAGAUUGCCUUUGUGCUUGAUGGCUCCGGAAGCAUUGAUCCUCCUGACUUUGAACAUGCCAAAGAGUUCAUUGUUAAAGUUAUGAAUAAUACCUGGGCAAAAUGUUUUGAUUGCAACUUUGCAGUUGUACAAUAUGGAAAUUUCGCCAGAACUGAACUUUCACUGAAGGAAAAUGAUAAUGCAACCAAAGCCAUUGGCAAGAUUCCAGGCAUAGAGCAAAUAACACGAGUUACUGUGACCGCUACAGCCAUCAAUCAUGUUCUUGAACAGGUUUUUGUCCCUGAAAACGGAUCAAAGGCGGGGGCUAAGAAAUUUAUAAUUGUGGUGACAGAUGGAGUUACAUUUCAGGACGAUAUGAAUUUGACAACGGUUUUGCAGAAACCAGAAAUGAAAGGCAUUACCCGCUUUGCAAUAGGGGUUGGGCCUGAUGUACUGGCAAAAGACAAAGCGCUGAAAGAGAUGAGAGAGAUUGCAUCAGACCCAGAUGAUGACCAUUUUUUUGGAGUUGAUAACUAUAAUGCACUGAGUAACAUUCUGUCAAGAAUAGAGCAAGGCAUUGUUGGGAUAGAGGGCACUAAUCAAGGAGUAGGAUUCCAGUAUGAAUUAGCGGAGGCUGGGUUCAGCUCACACAUUGCCCUUGAUCGAUCCCUUCUUUUUGGGGCAGUAGGUGCCUUUGACUGGAGUGGAGGAAUGAUAGUAAAAUAUAUACAAACCAACAAAACAGCAUUUCUUAACGUAACAAACAGUGAACCAAAGACAUCUGGGAAAGAACAGAGGUUUUCAUACUUGGGCUACAGUGUGACAUCUGCACAGAACUCUAGUGAAACUCUCUACCUAUCUGGGGCACCCAGAUACAACUUGACAGGAGGAGUUUUUGUUUUCAAUGGACAAACACAUAAGUUGCAACAGUCAUUGCUUGGAGACCAGGUGGGCUCAUACUUUGGGUCUGUUCUCUGUGUCCUGAAUGUGGAAAAAGACAACAUCCAAAAAACAGACUAUUUAUUAGUUGGAGCUCCAUACUUUCAUAGAGACGGAGAAGAGGGGAAAGUUUAUGUUUAUAAAUUGCACCAGCAUGGAUUUCAAAAGCAGGACUGGGAGUGGUCUGGGCUGCCUAAAUAUGCUUUUGCUAGAUUUGGGUCUGCCAUAGCAAACAUUGGAGACAUCGAUGGGAACAACUACAACGAUGUGGCUGUUGGAGCCCCUCUUGAAGAAGGAGAUUCAGGGACAUCUGGGAGCAUCUAUAUUUACAAUGGAUUCAGUGAUGGCCUCCAUCAGCAACACUCACAAAGAAUUUCAGCAGCAGAAAUGGGCAUGACGCUAAAAUACUUUGGCCAAUCAGUGAGCCCCAUGGCUGAAGCAGGGCCAAACCGGCAGGAAUAUAUCAGUGUUGGGAGUGAAGGGAAGGUCUCUGUCUUUAAGACACUUCCUGUGGUUGUCCUUGAACCCAAAAUCAGCACAGUUCCUUCAAUGAUUCCCCUGUCUCAUCAGGCCUCAGUCAUUUCAGAAAAGUUAAAGAUUAAACUCAAAAUCUGUUUCGAUGCACCCAGAAAGCCUGUUGAUGUCUCUAGCAUUCCUAUUCUAUACCACAUUGACUUGGAUGAUGGUCAAGCCGAGAAGCAUCUUACCUUUUCUGAUAACAAGGCAUCAAGACAGGACAUUUUUGACCUGACACCAGAUAUUGAGUGCAUCCCCAGUAUCACCUUGCUGUUUCUGCCCUGCUUUGACUGUUUUUCACCAAUCCAAGUCAAGUUGAAUUUUAGUCUGCAAUCAAACUCAGCGACAGCACUUCAUUAUGUUCUGGAUGCAUUUACCCCAACUGAGAUAUCAGCAGUGAUUCCUUUUGAGAGAGAGUGUAAGCAGGAACCAUGUCAAGCAAAUAUAAGCCUUUCAGAUUCACAGCUCAGCAAAAACAAAAUAAUAAUUGGAGACACUCAAUACUUGGACAUAUCUUUCAAUCUUAUAAACACCGGAUACAGUUCCUACAAGACAACACUGACUUUGGCUUAUCCCAAUGUUCUUCUUUUUUUCAAGAUAUCAAAGAGACCAGAGAGAUCAUUUUCCUGUGAAAACAAGGUCGGAGAAACAUUUUCUGAGCUGAAGUGUAAACUUUUUCAACCAAUCUUCCGGAGAUCAUCUAAGGCCAUUUUCACCCUAUCAUGGCAGCUUCGGGGGACAAAAUCAGAUCUAAAGACGGCUGAGAUCAGGGCCACCUUAGCAAAUGACAAUAAUGGCACUCAGAUCCUGGGUCAUAGGAAUUUUACAUUCGGAAUAAAGAAUGCCCUGAAAGUGGAACUUGAGGGAGAGGCUUCACCCACUUCACUGAAGAAUGAGGACAAGGCGGACACUAAACCAUUGGAAAUCAAAUUUCAGCCUCAGAACAAAGACGAUGCCAAUUUGAAUAUUACCAUCACUAUAAAAUUGGAGACAACCCACACCAGGGUGUUUAUCACAAAGAUCUCUCCUCAGAGUGCCUGCAUUUCCCAACAUGGAGGUGAAAUUAAAGGAGAGCGCCAUAUACAGUGUAUUCAGACUGACCUCGAAGAGAUUACCAUCAACAUGGAAGUGCAUAUCAGUGAAGCACAGGAGAAAGAUGAACAGAUUGUGGUUAAAGGAGAGCUGGGCUUUGACCAAAACACUUAUGUGGCAUUGGACGGGAGUCAGCUGAAGAAGGAGGUGACCGUAACAAUAAGGAAACUGACUGUUGUCAAAUCAAUGCCAGCAAUCAUUGGAGGGUCCGUUGGAGGCUUUGUGUUCUUAGCCAUUAUAAUUAUCAUUCUUAUUAAGUGUGGGUUUUUCAGAAGGCGCCAUCAAGUGGAUCAAGGACAGAAUGGCGGCUGACGGAUGUUCAGUAAGGGUCGAUCUCAUGACCCAUUUACUUGAUCUAUGCUCUCCAAGUUUGUAAAAUGUAUUUCUUUUUGCAUCGCUCAUAUGAAUGUUUGGAAAAAAAAUAUUUCUAAAGCUACUUAGUUGUAGGUCUACAUACUGUUCGUAAUAGGGUCAUCAGUGUUGGGGAAGCUACUCUGAAAGCAUAUAGCUUUGCAGGCUACCAAAUAUUUCACACUGGAAGAAGUUGAACUACAGUAAAGCUACUCCAGGGAGAAAUCUAGUUUGGUUAACUGAAUCUCCUUGGAGAAAGUAGUUGAAACUAUUAUAUUUUGUUAUAAUUUCGUAUCAAAUUUACAUUGCAGUUCGCCAGGUAACUUCUAAAAUAGCAUUAACUUCUCUGAAUAUUUGCACAUGCACUACGCAAAUGUCAAGUGUGUGGUGGUGGCUGCCGGACCAAUGCAUUGCCUUUACAAUGGUCAGGAUGUAAGGAAAAGGAGGCGGUGCUGGUCAAAGGGGGUUUAAUUAAAGUUAAAAAUAAAGAAUCAUUCCUUUCCUUUUAUGACCCAAAAUUGUUUGUAGUUUCAGUAGUUAACCACACAAAAUAUGGCAAAACAAUUAUGUAACUACUUGAAUCACUAUGCAAAUAUAAAUGUAGCCUAGUUGAACUACCAGCAUGCUACUGCAAAAUGUAGUUCAACUAUACGUUUAAUUCCAUGUAGUUCACUACUCCCCAAUACUGAGUGUUUCUGCAUAUUCAUAUAACAGUGUAUUAUAGGCCUACAAGUAGUUGUUUGUCACAUAUUUUAUUUUUCACUGUUCUUAGUUUUCUGAAAAUUAUAUUUGUAAUUUGUUUUUCAGCGAAUUAAAUGUAUUUAAAAGUAGAGCUGAGAUCAAUGUUGAAUUUAGAUUAAGACACAUUAAGCGCUAUAUUGAAAUUUAAAAAUAAACUUGCUUAUAACAUAAAUAAACAUUAAGGAUGAGCAUAUGUCCUUCGCUAUUAGUCUUGUUGUAUUCUAUAUCUUGAUGGUUCUGAUGUCUUUUAACAUGGCUAUCUGAGAAGUUGUGCCUGAAUUGGAGUCCAGUCAGCAAAAUAUUGUCACCAUGUUCAUAAAUGUUUGAUUGUUUAAACAGUAAACACGUUAAAUCAA